CCCUCCCCUCAGCUCUGAAGCGAGUCAGUGUUUGUUGGGAGUUUGGUCAUGUCUGGUCCGUUGGGUGUCCGGCUGCUGCUGCUGCUGCUGUGGGGCUGCGGCUGCCUCUGGCUCGCCAACCCAACAUCUGGAGCGCUGGUCAUCUUCGAGGACGAUGAGGCUCCGGAGGAAAUGACGGGAGCCACCAAAGUGCUUCAGAAACGAAGUACAAACGAGGCAAUGGUGGAAGUGCUCAGCGUGACGGUGGACUGCACCGUGACGAACCGCUUCGCCCACACCGUCAUGACCUCGGUGGCCCUGAACAAAGCCAACACGUCAAAGGAAAUGUUUUUCGACGUGGAGCUCCCAAAGUCUGCCUUCAUCACAAAUUUCAGCAUGGAAAUUGAAGGGAAGGUGUACGUUGGAAAUGUGAAGGAGAAGGAGAAAGCUAAGAAACAAUAUGAGAAAGCCGUUUCGUCCGGACAGACGGCGGGACUGGUCAAGGCUUCUGGGAGGAAGAUGGAGAAGUUUUCUGUGUCGGUCAACAUUGCAGCUGAAAGCAACGUGACUUUCAUCCUGACCUACGAGGAGCUCCUUCAGAGAAAACUCGGCCAGUAUGAGAUUCUGAUCCGAGUCAAACCCAAAAGUCUGGUCGAGCAGUUCCAGAUUUCGACCAACAUCUAUGAGCCUCAGGGCCUGUCUCACGUUGAUGCCCACGCCACUUUCCUCUCCAACGAGCUGCUCCCCCUAGUGGAGAAAACAGUCCUGGAAAAGAAGGCUCACAUCUCCUUCUCUCCAACCGUGGAGCAGCAGAGGAAGUGUCCAGGCUGCGACGGGACGCUGAUAGACGGCGAUUUCAUCAUCAAGUAUGACGUGAACAGACAGGAGAGCAUCGGGGACAUUCAGAUUGUGAACGGCUACUUUGUGCACUUCUUUGCGCCCCCUGACCUGCCCAGGGUGCCUAAGAAUGUGGUGUUUGUUAUCGACAGGAGCGGGUCGAUGAGCGGCACAAAGAUGGCGCAGACCCGAGAUGCACUGGUGGCCAUUUUGGAGGACCUCCAUGAAGACGACCACUUCGCUCUCAUCCAGUUCGACUCCGCCAUUCUGUCUUGGAAGGAGUCUCUCACCAAAGCGACCAAAGAAAACGUGGCCGAAGCAAAGAACUACGCCAGGUCAAUCCGAGACAAUGGAGCUACUGAUAUUAACCAGGCAGUGCUGGAUGGAGUAGAAAUGCUGAAGAGAGACAGACAGGCGAACCGGCUCCCUGAGAGAAGCGUCGACAUGAUCAUCUUACUGACUGAUGGAAUGCCAAACUCUGGCGUGUCUGACAUCCGAAAGAUCCAGGAGAACGUGCGUUCUGCCGUUGGGGGAAACAUGUCUCUGUUCUGUCUCGGAUUCGGAAACGACGUGGACUACAACUUCCUGGAUGUGAUGAGCAAAGAGAACAAAGGACUGGCUCGCAGGAUCUUUGAAGCUUCGGACGCAACUCUGCAGCUCCAGGAUUUCUAUGAAGAAGUGGCCAGCCCGCUGCUGUUAGAGGUGGACCUGGUAUAUCCAGACAAUGCAGUCGACUACGUGACCACCUCUCACUUCCCUCAGUUGUUCAACGGCUCGGAGAUUGUGGUGGCGGGUCGGUUGACGGACAACGACCUGGACAACUUCCUGGUGGAAGUCCUUGGCCAAGGCUUUGAAGAUAACUACAAAGUGCAAGGCCAGGCCAGUGUUUUUGACUGGAACGUGAUGUACCCGGAUGAGACUUACAUCUUUGGAGAUUUCACCGAGCGUCUGUGGGCUUACCUCACCAUCCAACAGCUCCUGGAGAAAAGUAAGACUGGUACAGCGGAUGAAAAGGCCAAUGCCUCAGCCAAGGCCCUGGAAAUGUCUCUGCAGUACAGCUUUGUCACUCCUCUCACCUCCAUGGUGGUGACCAAGCCCGAAACAGAAGACGGCACAGACAGCCCUCUCAUUGCGGACAAACUGACUGAAGAGCAAAGACAGCAAGCAGAACGACUGAGACCAAUAGCAUACUCACGAGGUGCAUCGCAUUUCAUCCCUGCCCCAGUACAGUAUGCACCUUCUCCAGUGUAUUUGGUGGAUGGAGAUCCCCACUUCAUUAUAGAGCUUCCUGGGAGAAACGACUCUCUGUGCUUCAACAUCAACAACGCACCGGGAACCAUUUUCAAUCUGGUCCGUGAUCCAGAAGCAGGUGUUUUUGUCAACGGUCAGAUCAUAGGAGACAAGAAGAUUCCUCCUGAUGGGAAAAUUAACACCUAUUUUUGGCGUUUCGGCAUCGUCCACCAGACUUUGGGCGUCAGUCUGCUGGUGACCACUCAGUAUAUCUCAGUUUCGCAGGACGGUAAAGACGCCAAGCUGCUGUGGACGGAUACAGGCUCUCUCAAAGGACCCAACGUGGAUGUUGUGGUCACUAAAGAUGGCAGCCUGACUGUAACGCUAAAGGACUCCGUUAAGUUUGUGAUCCUGCUCCACAAAGUGUGGAAGAAGCACCCCUACCACCGGGACUACCUGGGUUUCUACACCCUGGACACCCACCUGCUGUCCCCUUCUGUUCAUGGCUUGCUAGGCCAGUUUUACCACGGGAUUGAGUACGAGGUGACAGAUUUACGUCCCGGGGAAUCUCCAGAGAAACCAGACGCCACCAUGUUUGCAAAAGGACACCAGCUGAACGUGACCAGAGGCUGGCAGAGAGACUUCAGAAGAGACGUGAAGAACGGCGAGAAUGUUCCCUGCUGGUUCAUCCACAACAACGGAUCGGGCCUCAUCGACGGAGCGGCGGCAGACUACGCUGUGUCGAGCCUUUUCACUACGGUCUGAAAACAAGCAGCGUGUUCAUGUGCGCUACUAAAUGCGAUCAAAAUCAAGUUUAUUAAAACAAUGAGGAAAUUCGGCUUGACACUCUUACAGAAAACAGAACUGUCUUUUUUUUUCUUUUUUUCUUUUUUUUUUCCAAUAUUGUGGCAAAUUUCCAGGAUUAAGAAGAACUUUGUUAAAAACACUGCUGGGUUAAAAAUGAACCCAGUUUGGGUGACUUCCCCUGUUGUGGACAAUUUCAGUACUUUAAACUGAAUGAAUUGUAGACUUUGUUUUUUAUUCUGCUGUUAAAAUAAUCAGAUUAGUAAACCAGACAACAACGAAAAAUGUUAAGAUAACAGGUUCAUAAUGUGCAUUAUGGGUCAGUUUUUCUCUUUGUUAACCCCAUUUUAUGUCUACAUGUUGCCAUAUCAUCAUUACCUACAAAGUCCAUUUUGUAAACGAAAACAAAGCAUGUCACACCCGUGUCUUUUAUCAUGGCGUAUCGGUUUAUUUCUGGUAUUCCUGAUGACUUACGGAAAUAAUCACACAGAUUCUCAGAUCUCACAGAUAAUUUCAUUGUGUUGUUUUACAUUUUCUAGAGAAUUUAUACAACUACACCACAUUUCCAUUUUCUGUGGUUUGAUCCUCACAUCUGGCGUUUAAUGAAAGAUUAUGACCCUCGAUUAAACCAAAAUAACUGAUCGCAUUAUGGCGAGGGCGGGAUGCAUGGAUGACAUGUUUUUGUUUAAAAUAAAUCACUACACUACAAUAAAAC